ACGAAUCCAUGCCCGCCGCUUUCGACUGGCUCAAAAGAGGAAAAAUGUUUAAGAUAAAGAACGAGCUUAUGCAAUUCUACUGUGGAUAAUCGGCAAAAAUAUUCGACUUUCGGCCCUUACAGCAAUUUAUCUUAUCCCGACGGCUCGACCAUUUCUCAACCCCAUCUUGUUGCAAUCUCAGUUAGCCAUCCAUAUCAAUGGAAGAAGACACAACAUGGGAGCAAAGACUCCAAGCCUUGACCCAUAUCCUAACCAGCCCCACAACCACACCAUCUCUCUACUCUCAGUUCUUUGUUUCUUCCCAAAUCCCUUGCUACCUCAACUGGGACUAUCCUCCAAUUCUCUGCACGAAGUUCUCCUCGACCUUCCCUCCUCUUCAUUUAAGGUGGGCUUUCGCUCUUUUCCUCAAAAGGGUCUCCAGAUUUGGGCUCCCUGAGACCUCAUGGAGAUCCAAGUGCCCAUUCCAACAGCCUCCACCAUUGAUUCUUGCCAAGGGACUGGAGGAAGCUCAGUGGGGAGAAGAACAAAGGAGGAAUUACGUCAGGAAGAGGAUGGCAAGGAAACUUAAGGGAAAUAAUGUUCACCCAUUGAUUCCUAUUUUGGUUCCAAAUCUUUUGCUAUGUUCUCUCUUGAUUUGGAAACCUUUUCCCGAUGUAUAUUCCUGAGAAUUUUGAAGCAAAAUAUUAACAUGGGUUUUUGUAAA